UCCAAUUUUUUUUUUAAAAAAAAAUGGACAAUUCUGCAUUUUCAGCUAUGCUUUUGUUGAUCAUGUUCGUUUUCUCCAUUAAAGUUUCUUCAAAUCCUCUUUAUACUUUUUGUUCAGACAAUACAGGCAAUUACACAAGUAACAGCACAUUCGAGAACAACCUUAAAUGGGUACUAGACUCAUUACCAUCCAAUACUUCGGGUACAGGUUUCUAUAGUACCUUGAUCGGAGAAGGCGUCGAUCGCGUCUACGCGCGAGCGCUUUGCCGGGGAGACGUGAACGCUACGUUAUGUCGAAAUUGCGUUAAAAACGCUAGCCGAGACGUCCUUUCCGAUUGCAAGACAUUAGAAGGAAUCGUAUGGUAUGAUGAUUGUCAAGUUCAGUACUCAUUUCAAAACAGUUCGUUGAUGGUAUAUACCGGAAAAUACCCAGAUUCGAACAACAAAGAGAAAAACAUAUCGAAUCCCGGUCGGUUUGAUGAUGCAUUGACGUUUUUAAUGAACAAUGUAUCGAACGAUGCAGCGUAUGAUUCCGAGUUGAUGUUCAAAACCGGCGAAGUGAAGGUUAAUAAGAAGGAAACAUUAUAUGGGUUAGUUCAAUGUACAAGGGACAUUGUUGGUGAUACAUGUCGUAGCUGUUUAGAUUCAGCACUUAAAGAUCUUAAUGGCUGUUGCCGGUCUCGGACAGGGGGAAGUGUUCUUAGUAGGAACUGUAACGUGAGGUUCCAAAUAUAUAAAUUUUAUAAUGUCAUGAAUUCUCCAUUAAUAUACGCUGAAUCCAAAACAGGGUCUAAAUGGAGCUUUGGGAUGAUUAUCGCAGUCGUAUGUGCCGCCGUACUGGUUGUUGCGCUUGUCGCUGUUUCGAGUUUCGUAUACACCCGAUCGAAGAAACGGAAACAAAAGGAUGAGGAAAGAAGCCAGACAAUAUUGCUAUAUGAAUUGGCAAGUCCCAAAGAAGUGAUCAUAACACAAGAAGGCGAAUUGGUGACUGCUCAAGAAUUUCCUUUCCUUGAUUUAGCUACAAUAAGGGUAGCUACGGAUGAUUUUUCGGAUUCAAACAAGCUCGGACAAGGCGGAUUCGGUACGGUUUAUAAGGGUGUGUUACCAAAUGGGAAGGAAGUGGCAAUUAAAAGGUUAUCAAGGAAAUCAUGGCAAGGCUUGGAAGAAUUGAAGAAUGAAGUUAUUUUGAUUGCAAAGCUUCAACAUAGAAACCUUGUAAGGCUAUUGGGAUGUGGGAUUGAAGGUGAUGAAAAGUUGCUUUUAUACGAGCUUAUGCCUAACAAAAGCCUUGAUUUCUUCAUCUUUGAUCCUGAGAAACGCUCACAAAUUGAUUGGAAAACAUGGUUCGACAUCAUUACUGGAAUUUCCAGAGGACUUCUUUAUCUUCACGAAGAUUCUCGGCUUAAAAUCAUUCACAGAGAUUUAAAACCCAGCAAUGUGUUGUUGGAUCAAGACAUGGUUGCCAAAAUAUCAGAUUUUGGGAUGGCAAGGAUCUUUUGUGAAAACCAGAACGCAGGCAACACUAAAAGAGUUGUGGGAACAUAUGGAUAUAUGGCUCCGGAGUAUGCAAUGGAAGGAUUAUUCUCGGUGAAAUCCGAUGUUUUUAGCUUCGGCGUGAUAAUGCUAGAGAUCCUUUCCGGGAAAAAAAACAGCGGUUUCUACCAAACCAAACUUGCCCAAACACUGCUUGCAUAUGCUUGGGGGUUAUGGAAAGAAGGUAAAGAAUUGGAAUUAAUGGACCCUUGUUUACUGGAAUCAUGCUCGAUACCCGAAAUAAGGAGGUGCAUGCAUGUCGGGCUUCUAUGCGUGCAGGAAGAUCCGACAGAUAGACCAACCAUGUCCGAUGUAGUAGUUGUCUUAGGAAGUGACACGAUUACGCUUAGCCCACCCAAAAGACCUGCAUUUUCGGGGAAGAAUGAUUACGAACUAUCAGUCUUCAGUAAUAGAUCCGUCGAUAAACCAGAUGACAAUGUCUAAUAUCUCGGCCCGCUGAAAAAAUUGGCUCCGAGUGAAAAUAGAAUUUAACCUAACUACUGUAGGAUUCGAUGUCCGAAAUUUCAAUAUCCCAUUUGUUCAAAUGAUAUAACAGGAAUAUUGAUGUGGUUGUUUUUGUGAAUAGGCAUGAUUAAAUCAAUGUAAUUAUAGAUAUAGUCCUGUUUAGUCUAUUCUUAACACUAUAUUUGCUUUCAGAUGUUUAAUUUGAUCCAUUGAAUCUAAUUAAUAUAAGGAAAUUACUCAAA